GUAAAAGCUAUGGUAAAAGUAUUAUGAGUGACCCCCUCCACGUGGCUAGCGGGGGUUAGUGUUGUUAACGAUCCACAAAGUAACAAAAUGAAAAUUCAUUCUCCUAGUCAGCAUCGUUGUUGCCAGAUUUCUUAACGGGAGCCGGAGUUUUCAUGCGUUUUUGAGUGGCCACUGCUGGAUAUCUAAUUCAUUACGUUUGCGUUCGGGACAGCUACCGCCGUGGCAGCAUUCUUUAAGUUCCUAACCACCGAAAAUGACAACUGCAAGUGAAUAUGGAAAUCCUCUGAAGAAGUUUAAAUUGGUUUUCCUCGGCGAGCAGAGUGUUGGAAAAACAUCUCUGAUAACGAGAUUUAUGUACGAUACAUUCGACAAUACGUACCAGGCCACAAUUGGAAUCGACUUCCUCAGCAAAACGAUGUAUCUUGAAGACAGAACGAUUCGUUUGCAGUUAUGGGAUACAGCGGGUCAAGAACGUUUCCGAAGUCUAAUUCCCAGUUAUAUUCGAGAUAGCACCGUGGCGGUCGUUGUUUACGAUAUAACGAAUGCGAAUUCGUUCCACCAAACGUCAAAGUGGAUUGACGAUGUACGCACGGAACGAGGCAGCGAUGUUAUUAUAAUGCUUGUUGGAAAUAAGACAGAUCUUGCGGAAAAGCGGCAGGUUAGCACCGAGGAAGGCGAAAAGAAAGCCAAGGAAUUGAAUGUGAUGUUCAUUGAAACCAGUGCUAAAACUGGAUAUAAUGUUAAACAGUUGUUCCGCCGUGUGGCUGCAGCGCUACCGGGUAUGGAUAAUAAUGAGGAGAAGAGUAAAGGAGAUAUGGUCGAUGUGCAUCUUGAAGAUCACAAGACCCCCACAAAAACGGACGAUGGCGGAUGCGCAUGUUGAUUCCAGUGCGGCUUUGAAUCUGUUUUUGUUAUUUAAUCUAUUUGUCAUGGUUACAUUCGAAUGCUUCUCGCAAGUUCCAUCAAAGCGUGUGAAUUUGAGGCUUGAGCUUUCUACUUGGUUUGUUUUGACUUUUCUUCAUUUUUUAUAUAUAUGUUUUAUAACUGUUUCCUUAUGUGUACUAUCAUUUCGUGGUAUGCGAUUUGUAAACUGAAAAGAAAGGCACUGCAACGA